GCUGUGAAUGGCUGAGUGAAGAUGAAAUCAUUAGAUUAAUUCCUAAAGACGUCAGUCAGCUGAUCACCUGGCAGGAUGGGCGCUGCAGUGCUGACUUCCUGUUUUCCUUACCCAAACCAGAUUCCCACCUGAGCGUGGCCACUGGCUUUGGUUGUGCCACCAUCUUCUGGUACAUGAAACACAGGCCGGAGUUCCUGUCAGGUUUCAGUGAUGCAGGCACCAUCCAAGACUAUGUGGUUUCCAUGCUGUGUAGCCUUGACAAAUGUGUCAUGACUGGACAAAAUGCUGCCAGCUGGGGCUACUUCAACACAACCAGCAACAAAUGAAGCAC